AUGUCAAAGGAAUUAGAAGAACAACCAGAGUUGAAACUCGAGAAGAGAUGGUUUACGUUUUUAUUAUCCAAAGAGGUCCCUCCCAUCCCAACAUCUGAAGAGAGGAAACCUUACCCUGAAAGCACUUCGAAUAUAUUCAAUAGAGUGCUAUUUUCAUGGAUAAUACCAGUAAUGAAUGUUGGUUAUAAGAGAACACUUGUUCCAGAAGAUUUAUUUUAUUUAACUGAUGAUGUUAAGGUUGAUACCUUAACGAAUGAUUUCUAUAAAUACUUCGAGCAAGAAGUGACCAAAGCAAAAAAGAAGUACUUAAAAGCUCAAGGCAAACAAAUUGGUGAUAUCGAUGAAGAUGAUCUCAAGGAUUUCGAACUUUCAAGUUUUUUAACUAUCAGAGCUUUAUUCAAGACUUUCAAAUGGAGAUAUUCAUUUGCUCUUAUAAGUUUAAUCAUAUCACAAAGUUCCCAAACCUUGAAUCCUUUGAUUAUAAAGAAAUUGAUCUAUUUUGUAGAAACAAGGGCUGCUGAGAUGCUGAAUCACGUUCCUAUGAUGGGAGUGGGUAAAGGUGUAGGAUAUGCUGUAGGUGCUACCAUUUUGAUCUUACUUAACGGUGUGUUUAUGAACCAUGCUUUGGUUCAAGGUAUGUUGGUCGGAGCUAUGGCCAAAUCGGUUUUGAAUAAAGCCAUUUUAGAUAAAUCUUUCAGGUUACAUUCUUCUGCUAAACAUGAGUAUUCUGUUGGUAAGAUCACCUCUAUUAUGGGGACAGAUUUAUCAAGAAUUGAUUUUGCUAUUGGUUUACAAAUAUUUGCAUUGUCAGUUCCCGUCCCUAUUAUCAUUGCUAUCAUAAUCUUAUUGGUGACUAUAGGUCCAUACGCUUUGGUGGGGAUGGCCCUUAUGAUAAUAUUCAUCUUUGGGGUAACAUUUGCUGUUAGGAGAUUAUAUAAGUUCAGGAAAGCUGCUAAUUUCUUCACUGAUAAGAGAGUGAACUACAUCAAGGAAAUUUUGAAUAAUUUAAGAAUUAUCAAAUAUUAUUCUUGGGAGCCUCCUUACUAUGAUAAUAUUGCUGACGUCAGAAAGAAAGAGAUGAAUAUCCUUUAUAAAAUGGCCGUUAUCAAAAAUGUCAUUACUGCAUUUUCAAUGUGUUUGACCUUAUAUUGUUCCAUGAUCACUUUCCUUAUUAUUUAUGGGGUUGGUGGUAAGAGAGAUCCAGCUUCAGUGUUUUCAUCCCUUUCUUUAUUCAAUGUUUUGACCCAAAUUGUGUUCUUAGUUCCUCAAGCUUUGGCUGCCGGUGUUGAUGGGUUAGUUGCUAUUGGAAGAGUCGGUACUUUUAUGAUAGCUCCUGAAGAAAAAGAAUCUGAAAAUUCAAUCAUUCCUGACGAAAAAACAAAGCUUUUGAUGGACUUGACUUCAUUGGCUAUUAAAGUUGAUCAUGGAACUUUCGAAUGGGAGACUUUUAAAGAUGAAAUCACCGAACAGAGUGAGAAGGUGAAGUCCGAACAGUCAGUCCAGAGUGACAGCUCGGCUGAAGGACUCGAUGACGAAGAAACAUUAAAUUCGGAUGCAUUUCCUGGAUUAAAUGAUAUAAAUUUGGAGAUUAGGAAAGGUGAACUCGUAGUAGUAACUGGUCUUAUUGGUUCCGGUAAAUCUUCACUUUUAAAUGCACUCUCUGGUUUCAUGAAACGUACAAGAGGUAGUGUGAGUGUAAAUGGGUCAAUGAUCUUAUGUGGACAACCAUGGAUCCAGAAUUCUACUGUCAAAGAGAAUAUACUAUUUGGUUCAGAAUUUGACGAGAAGAAGUAUGCUGAAGUAAUUUAUGCUUGUUCGUUGGAGAGUGAUUUAUCUAUAUUACCAGCUGGUGACAGAACCGAAAUUGGUGAAAGAGGUAUCACAUUAUCCGGGGGUCAGAAAGCUCGUAUUAACUUAGCAAGAUCAGUUUAUUUUGAUAAAGAAGUUAUCUUAAUGGAUGAUGUAUUGAGUGCAGUUGAUGCCAGAGUAGGUAAACAUAUCAUGGAAAAUUGUAUCAUGGGUUUAUUAAGGGAAAAGACAAGAAUUCUCGCUACCCAUCAAUUAUCCUUGAUCAGUUCAGCCGAUAGAAUCAUCUUCUUAAACGGUGACGGUUCUAUUCAUGUAGGUACUUUCGAAGAAUUACAUGCUAAUAAUGAUGGGUUCAAUAAAUUAAUGGCUUUUAACCAAGCAACUGAAUCCAAAGAACAAACAGAAGAAGAAGAAGAAACUGAAGAUCCGGAAGAACAAGAAAAGGCAAUGAUAGAAAGACAAAUAACUAAAACUGUCACCAAGGAAGAUGAAGAAGCUGCUCGUAAAGUUUAUAAUCAAGAUGCUGAUGCUGAUGGUAGAUUAGUGUUGUCUGAGUCCAAAGCCAAAAAUGGCAUUGAUUCUAAAGUUUACAAUAGCUAUAUUGAAAAUGGUUCUGGUGUUUUCGGCAAAUACUUGGUCUUAUUGUUGAUUGCAGCUUUCAUGACCCUUUCAACUUUCUGUAUGAUUUUCACCAAUGUGUGGUUGUCAUUUUGGACAUCAAAGAAAUUUCAUGGAUUAUCUAAUGCUCAUUAUAUUGGGGUUUAUGUAAUGUUUGUGGUAUUAGCCAAUGCUUUUUUGAUUGUUCAAUUCGUUUUGGUAGUUUAUAUUACCAAUAAAGCUGCUACAUUCUUGAAUAUCAAAGCUACUAAGAACAUUUUACAUUCUCCAAUGUCAUUCUUAGAUACCACUCCUAUGGGAAGAGUUUUAAAUCGUUUCACCAAAGACACUGACGUUUUAGAUGAUCAAUUUAGUGAACCUGUCAGAUUUUUCCUCUUCACAUUUGCUAAUUUGAUUGGUUAUGUUAUUUUGUGUGUGGUAUUCUUACCAUGGUUUGCUCUCGCUGUUCCAAUAUUUAUGUCUUUGUUCCUUGCUAUUGGACACUAUUAUCUGUCUUCAGCCAAAGAGAUCAAAAGACUCGAGGGGGUGCAAAGAUCUUUCGUUUAUAACAAUUUUAAUGAAUCCUUGAAUGGUAUGUCAACUAUCAAAGCUUAUGGUGCCUCACAUAGAUUCUUAGCCAUCAAUUCUUCAAGUAUUGAUACCAUGAAUGAAGCUUAUUACCUUACAAUUGUGAAUCAACGUUGGUUGUCAGUUAAUUUGGCCAUCAUUGCAACCUUUUUCACCUUGACCUUAGCAUUAUUGUGUGUUUUCGGAGUUUUCAGUAUAUCUGCAUCCUCAACAGGUCUUUUGUUAUCAUAUACAUUACAAUUGACGGGUCAAUUUUCAUUGUUGAUCAGAAAUUAUACUCAAAUCGAAACCAGUAUGACAUCUGUGGAAAGAAUCUGUGAUUUUGCUAUUGAUUUGAAAGAAGAAGGAAGAUAUCAUAUCACUGAAACCGACCCUGGUUCUCAAUGGCCUUCAGAAGGCUCACUUGUUUUCAAAAACGUUUCUUUGGCCUACAGACCUGGCUUGCCAUUGGUAUUGAAGAACUUGAAUGCCAACAUCAAAGGAAGAGAAAAAAUUGGAAUCUGUGGUAGAACCGGAGCUGGUAAGUCUUCCAUCAUGACAGCUUUAUAUAGAAUAGCCGAACUAUCGGAAGGUAAAAUUGAAAUCGAUGGUGUGGAUAUCUCCACUUUAGGUUUGAAUGAAUUAAGAUCCAAAUUAUCCAUCAUUCCUCAAGAUCCAGUUUUAUUCAGAGGAUCUCUCCGUAAAAACUUGGAUCCUUUUGGUCAAAAUACUGAUGCUCUGUUAUGGGAUGCUUUAAGGAGAGCAGGAUUAAUUGAAGAAACCAAAGUUGAAGCAGUUUCCAAACAACUCAAGGGAGAUGAGAAUCUCCAUAAAUUCCAUUUGGAUCAAAUGGUUGAAGACGAUGGUUCCAAUUUCUCCUUGGGUGAAAGGCAACUAAUAGCAUUGGCUAGAGCUUUAAUUAGAGACUCUAAAAUUUUGAUUUUGGACGAAGCAACAGCUUCAGUUGAUUAUAAAACCGAUUCUAAAAUCCAAAACACCAUUGUCAAUGAAUUUGGACAUUGUACUAUAUUAUGUAUUGCUCAUAGACUUAAAACCAUCAUAAAUUAUGACAGAAUAUUGGUUUUAGAUAAAGGAGAAAUACAAGAAUUCGACACUCCUUGGAACUUGUUCAAUGAUAAAGGUAGUAUCUUUCAACAAAUGUGUGAAAAAUCUGCCAUUGUCAGUGAAGAUUUUCAAAGAAAAGAUUAA